GCGACGAGGUCAAGACGGAAAAAGAGACGGAGCUAGAGGUGAAUAGAGACCAAGCAAAGAAAAGAAAGAGAAAAAAAGAAAAGAAGGAAAGAAAGGGAGAGGUACUGUGUGCGCGUGUCUGCGUGUGUCAGAGUCGAGAGGGUUAAUCAACGACGAAUAUGAACUUCGAUUCAGGCACGGCGUACGCCGAAUCCGACGCCGAUGACGAGUACGAGCGUAGCUUGCACACGAGCUCCCCCGUCCUGGCCACGGAUUCUGAGAUUUCCCCAACCGAUUCCGAUGGCCGUUCCUCCACCGAGCACACCCCGACUACCUACGGUCAUAGGAGCAGUGCCGAUCGAUUACCGGAGACCAUCAUCUCAGAAUGGACGGCCGAGGAGGGUGCAGACUUCAUUGCUACCAUUGGUCUUCAACAAUACUCAGACCGCUUCAUUGAGAAUGAAAUUGUUGGCGAGGCGCUCGUAGCCUUACUUCACGAUGAUCUCAAGGCAAUGGGCGUGACCAGUGUUGGACAUCGUCUGACCAUCCUCAAGAGCGUAUACGACGUCAAAAAGGCGCAAGACAUCCCCAUCGAGAGCGAUCAUUAUGUCCCUUUGUCCGCCGAUGCCGAAGCCCAAUAUGCUACAGCCACCCUCAAAGACAUCAAGCAACUCGUCGAACAGCUACGGUUGCGGGAUGAGAGAAUAAGCCUUGCGGAGAGGGAUUUGCGCCAGUUAAGCGAGGAUUUCCGCCGGUUGCGCGAAGACAUGCUGCCGGCCCUGCGUCUCGCUAAGAAUGCCCAGCAGCCAUUACCCACCGUGGCGGCUGAUAGUCCAAAUUACUCUUACGAGUCGUCGACGAUAUCACCGCCGACAUCCACCUCAGCUUCAGGGCAGUCAUCUGGUGGCAUCAAGCGGACGUAUUCUACUAAGAAGAUUGUGCUCGGUCCAAACGCCAUGAGCAGUUCCCCUAGUCAUUUGCAAACGACUCAUGAGCGCCCAUCAGUAGAGCAAACGCUAGACCCGACGAGCGCAGCCGAACGAGCGGUCGCUCAGGGUUCCCGUCUCGCCGCAACGGCUAUGAAUGGCUCCGGCCAGGCCGUUUCGCCGAGCUACUCACCCAACAUCCCAUCUCCAACAUCACCUCCCACUACGGGUACCACGCUCGGGUCUCGUUCGUACAACCAGCCUACACCGUCGGGCCGCUCCACAUUCCCCGAGAGCGACCACGGCUAUAGCACCAAGCAACCAGUGGCCCCACGCCGCAUGCAGACGCCAGUCCCGGAGACACCGGGAUCAGGCUCGUCAGUGGAGAUCUUCAAAUCGUUCCGCGUGAGCAUGGAUGAUCCUUGCUACAAGGUCCUGCCAGCAGCGCUCAAGAAAUACCAAAUCAACGCGCCAUGGGACCAAUACGCACUCUAUAUCGUAUAUGGUGACCAAGAGCGCUGUCUCGGUCUCGAAGAGAAGCCCCUGAUCCUGUUCAAGCAACUAGAUAAGGAGGGGAAGAAGCCCAUGUUUAUGUUACGGAAGACUAAUACGGCCCAGGCCGAUGCUGAAACACCGGGGAGUGCAGGUCUAGGUUCUGGGACGAGUAGAGGUGUCAAUUAUGACCCGCCUGGUGGCAUUAUAUGAUCCUCAUACUGGGGAAUAAAAAGAAGAAAAAAAGAAAUAUGAAAAGAAUAGCAAAAAGGAGAAAAGGCCAAGGAAACCAGGCAGAGGGAAGAUAAAGUGAGAAGGUAGGGGGAGGAUGGGGGAGAGAGAGAAAUAGGAAGGAAGAGAAGAUAGGACAUUA